GCUUCUGCCAUCAUCGACCAGCAAGAACACUCAAGAUGCUUUCACUGGUAGUUUUCCUCACUGGCUGCUUCUUCGUGGCAACUGUCCAUGCUGCGUGCAAGACUGGCCCUUUCGACGCCAAGACAAGCAUUAUUGGACCCGGCAGCGGAAAGUACUAUCUGAUGAAAUCGACAUACAGCGAUGAAAAAUCCUGCUUGUACGUGGUAGCUCGUCCGAAAAGGACAACGUUCCCCACAGAAUACCCGUUCGGGUACAAGGAAAACGGUAACUGGGUGGAGGACAAGGGGACGGUUGAUGGCAACGGCGCAGACAUAAUUGACAAUGAUGAAAAAUUUGGCCAAACUACUACAACAUUGGUCUACUCGGACUACACGCUGUGCGAUGUUGGACUUUUCAGUGGAAAGAAGGUCGGGGGACCACAUGUUGAACUCUGGAAGCACAGCGAUGCCAAUGAGAACAGCGAGGAUUUUAAGUGCUGCAAGGAUCGCUACGAGGCGGAAGUUAAAAAACAGGGCAAACAAUCAGACGUUAGGGAAAUCGGCAGUGAUUGCGAUUACCCUAAAUAGAAUCCAGUUGAAACCUGUCCUUCAUAGACAGGCUAAAUAAAGAUUCCUGCAUUUUAA